UUGGCAGUGUUGCCAAAUGUAGCAACGAAACCAGAUUUAGCUGCUGGAUUUAGAUUUAGUUUUUUUUUAGCUACUGCCACCAAUAAGCCCAGCAAAAUUAUAGUUAAUUUUCAAUUAAUUAAUGUAAAAUGAGUGUCCUGCCGUUUGUGCGCGGUAUUGACUUUACCAAAAAUGAUUUUAGCAAAACAUUCCCUAGCUCCAUGCGCCAAAUGCUACGGGUGCAAUGGCUCAAUUUGGAUCGCACCCAAUUGCAAGAAGUGCCCGAGGAGCUGGGCCAAUUGCAGAAACUGGAGCAUUUGUCCCUCAAUCACAAUCAGCUGGAAAAGAUCUUUGGCGAGCUGACAGAACUGACAUGCCUACGCUCUUUGGACCUGAGGCACAAUCAAUUAAAGAAUAGCGGCAUACCGCCGGAGCUGUUCUAUCUGGAGGAACUGACCACAUUGGAUUUGUCGCACAACAAGCUUAAGGAAGUGCCCGAGGGCCUGGAGAGAGCCAAGAAUCUGAUUGUUUUGAAUUUGAGCAACAAUCAAUUGGAGGCCAUACCGACAGCUCUAUUUAUCCAUUUAACCGAUCUAUUGUUCCUGGAUCUAUCGCACAAUCGUCUGGAAACAUUGCCGCCGCAGACACGCCGUUUGGUUAACUUAAAGACGCUUGACCUAUCGCACAAUCCUUUAGAGCUCUUCCAGCUGAGGCAAUUGCCUUCGCUGCAGAGUCUAGAGGUUCUCAAUAUGAGUGGCACUCAGCGAACUCUAUUGAAUUUCCCCACCAGCUUGGAUAGCUUGGCGAAUCUUUGUGAACUGGAUUUGUCGCACAAUUCGCUGCCCAAACUACCGGAUUGUGUAUACCAAGUGGCUACAUUGGUGCGCCUCAACCUGAGUGACAACGAGAUUAAUGAACUUAGCUCCAGCAUGGAAUUUUGGCAGCGUCUAGAGUCCUUGAAUCUGUCAAGGAAUCAAUUGAUCACUCUGCCGGCAGCUCUCUGCAAGUUGUCCAAACUGCGGCGUCUCUUUGUCAACGAUAACAAGCUCAAUUUCGAGGGCAUACCAUCGGGAAUUGGUAAACUGGGCUCGUUGGAGGUAUUUUCGGCAUCAAAUAAUCUUUUGGAAAUGGUUCCAGAGGGUUUGUGCCGUUGUGGCAGCCUCAAGUCGUUGAAUUUGAGUUCAAAUCGUCUGAUAACAUUGCCGGAUGCCAUACAUUUGCUCGAGGGAUUGGAUCAAUUGGAUUUGCGAAACAAUCCCGAAUUGAUAAUGCCCCCCAAACCGAGUGAGGCCAGCAAGGCGACCAGCUUGGAGUUCUAUAACAUUGACUUCAGUCUUCAGACGCAGCUUCGCUUGGCCGGGGCGGCUGUGCCCAAUUCCAUAAUUACAUCGGCGGCAGCAAGUAGUCCCAAGGAUGCGACAGCUCGCAAGAUACGUUUGCGACGCGGUCCACGACAAGAUCAGAACGAUCAGGAGGAUGCCGCUAAGGUAUUAAAGGGUAUGAAGGACAUUGCCAAGGAUAAGGAAAUCGAUGUGGAUCAUCAACCGGAAUCGCUGAAACCCAAACGCUGGGACGAAUCCCUCGAGAAACCCCAAUUGGACUAUUCGAAAUUCUUUGAGAAAGAAGAUGGCCAACAGAUCGGUCUGACCAUAUGGGAAAUUGAGAAUUUUCUGCCCAAUAAGAUCGAGGAAUGCGUCCAUGGGAAGUUCUACGAGGGCGAUUGCUACAUAGUCCUUAAAACCAAAUACGAAGAGCUGGGCACUUUAACGUGGGAGAUCUACUUCUGGAUUGGCAAUGAGGCGACUCUGGAUAAGCGUGCCUGUGCGGCCAUUCAUGCUGUCAAUUUGCGCAAUUAUUUGGGUGCCCGUUGCCGGACCAUACGGGAGGAGCAGGGUGACGAAUCUGAGGAAUUCCUUGCCCUCUUUGAUACAGAAGUGAUUUACAUUGAAGGUGGACGCACUGCCACCGGUUUCUAUACCAUCGAAGAGAUGAUACACAUAACACGCCUCUAUUUGGUUCAUGCCCAUGGUGCCACCAUACAUCUGGAGCCCGUUGCCGUCCAAUUGAGCUCACUGGAUCCGCGUCAUGCCUUUGUCCUGGAUGCCGGCACGCGUAUACACAUCUGGUUGGGCAUUCAUUCCAAGAAUACCCUCAAUUCCAAGGCUCGCCUUAUGGCCGAGAAGAUCAAUAAGACGGAGCGUAAGAAUAAAUGUGACAUCAUUGUGGAGCGGCAGCAGGAGGAGACCGAUGACUUCUGGCAGGCAAUGGAUGUCACUGUGGAGGAGGGCAAAGAGUAUAGCCCCGAGGAGCAUGUGCCACAGGACUAUACACCCAUCCAGCCGCGCCUCUAUCAAGUGCAAUUGGGCAUGGGCUAUCUGGAACUGCCCCAAGUGGAGCUGCCCGAUCAGAAACUUUGCCACACAUUGCUAAAUAGCAAGCAUGUCUAUGUCCUGGAUUGCCAAACGGAUCUCUUUGUCUGGUUUGGCAAAAAAUCGACACGUCUGGUGCGUGCCGCAGCCGUCAAGCUGAGUCGGGAGCUCUUCAAUAUGAUCGAACGACCGGAUUGUGCUCUGGUUAUGCGUGUACCGGAGGGCAAUGAAAUGCAAAUCUUUCGCACAAAAUUCGCCGGCUGGGAUGAGGUUAUGGCUGUCGAUUUCACACGCACGGCCAAAUCGGUGGCCAAGACGGGCGCCAAUUUGACCCAGUGGGCCAAAAAACAGGAGACCCGCACAGAUCUGGCUGCCUUGUUUAUGCCCCGCCAAUCGGCAAUGCCAUUAGCCGAGGCCGAGCAGCUUGAAGAGGAAUGGAAUUACGACUUGGAGAUGAUGGAGGCCUUUGUUCUAGAGAAUAAGAAAUUUGUCCGUUUGCCGGAAGAGGAAUUGGGUCACUUCUAUACGGGUGAAUGCUAUGUAUUUCUCUGCCGCUAUUGUAUACCCAUUGAGGAGCCUGAACCCGAUGCCGAUGCCAAUGAUUCAGCCAACGAUCAGUUAGAUAGCAGUAAUCGUUCAUCCGCAUCGAAUGCCGCCAAUCCGCCCGAAGAUGAGAUACAGUGUGUUGUCUACUUCUGGCAGGGACGCAAUGCCGGCAACAUGGGCUGGCUGACAUUUACCUUUACGUUGCAAAAGAAAUUCAAGGCCAUGUUUGGCGAGGAACUGGAAGUGAUGCGCAUCUUUCAACAGCAGGAGAAUCUUAAAUUUAUGUCCCAUUUCAAACGCAAAUUCAUCAUUCAUACAGGUAAACGUAAGGAUAAGGCAUUAACUGCCGAUGGCAAGGCCUCGGUAGAGUUUUAUCAUUUACGUUCGAACGGUGGUGCCCUGACCACACGACUCAUACAAAUUCAGCCGGAUGCAGUGCAUCUUAACUCCGCGUUCUGUUAUAUACUCCAUGUGCCAUUUGAAACGGAGGAUGAAUCGCAAUCGGGCAUCGUAUAUGUCUGGCUGGGCAGCAAGGCCUGCAACGAGGAGGCCAAAUUGGUUCAGGAAAUAGCCGAGCAAAUGUUCAAUAGUCCCUGGGUGAGCCUGCAGAUUCUCAACGAAGGAGAUGAGCCGGAGAAUUUCUUUUGGGUCGCAUUGGGGGGACGCAAGAAUUAUGACAAGGAUGCGGAAUAUAUGAAUUACACGCGUCUCUUCCGUUGCUCGAAUGAGCGUGGCUAUUAUACUGUGGCCGAGAAAUGCACCGAUUUCUGUCAAGAUGAUUUGGCCGAUGAUGAUAUCAUGAUAUUGGAUAACGGUGAACAUGUCUUCCUUUGGAUGGGGCCGCGCUGCAGCGAGGUGGAGGUGAAAUUGGCCUACAAAUCCGCCCAGGUGUAUAUCCAACACAUGCGCAUUAAGCAGCCGGAGCGGCCGCGUAAACUCUUCCUAACCAUGAAGAAUAAGGAAUCGCGUCGAUUUACCAAAUGCUUCCAUGGUUGGAGUGCAUUUAAGGUAUACAUCUAAGCCAAGGAGGGGCAGCAAUAGCAGGAGGAGCACGAGGAGAAGCCCAAUGACAUGACAUGACAAUUUUACUUACAAAAUCAAUUCAUACACACACACACAUAAACACACACACAAAAUAUUGCCCUCUCCCCUUUUUGGAAAGUGUUUUUUUUUAAUUAUUUAUACGAUUAACUCUUAAUUAAUGUAGGGAUUUUUAUUAUGUUUUUUUCGCCUCGCCCCCCUUCCCGCAGAAGCCCUUAACUAAUUUAACUAACUGCAAAGUAUUCACUUUUAUUUUAUAUAUAUAUACAUAUAUCAAAAUGCUGAGCUAAAGAGGAUUAACUCCCUUUCCUUUUACAAUAUUUUGUGCUAGUCCUUUUUAACAAUGUUAACCAAUUUGAAGAAUGCUGCAUAUGUACAUACAUACAUAUAAAUAAAUAAAAAUUAUAUAUA